AUGGUGACUAUCAUGAUGUAAAUACUUUUGCGCAUAACAUUUUUUGACUGUGGUUGCACAGCUCGCUCCGAUACCAGAAUGAAAAUAGCAUUAAAUUUAUGCGUUUUAUGUAUGGAUCCACUGGCUGUCGAAUUCUGAAUUACCGCUAACCCAAGAAAAACUGAAAAAAUGAGCGGAAGUUACUCAACCCCAAAAAAUUGCUAUAAGCACAAACAAGAUCAAUCUCUAAUUAGUUGCACAAAUCGACGAGAGGAAGAUUUGCAAGAAUUAUUGGGACACCUUAAUACAUAUUAUACUUUCAGUGUUACCGAUCAAGGCAAAACAGAAAAGAGAUUUGGUUAUGGUGUAAAUCCUCUCUUGGACGGAGCCUGGAGUCUGAUGCCAAUCAGAAGAGUGGUGGACGUUUUUGAGAAAAGAGGGUAAGACUUCUAAUGUGAUCUACAGGGUGCGGCAAUUUUUCGGCCGGAUUUUAAUUGGCCAUAAUUUGUUUAGUUUUUGGGCAAAUCUUAAAAUUACCUGAAUUUUCCCUGAAUCCUCAGACAACCCCAUUUUGUUUAAUACCAAAUAUGUUAUACCCGUUCGUUAGACUACAGGGUGUUCCUAGAAUUAUGGAAAAAACUAUUCAUUAAUAACUUUGUGCUCGGUGGUCCAAUCCGAAAUUUUUUUUGCAUCUUGCUGGAAAACCUUGGAGUUUUAGAAUCAAAAAAAUUUUUUUUUGUUUUAUCGGCGGAGACUUCCGUAAUCCGCCUUGAAUUCGGCGGAAUGCUUUUUUCACAAACGAGGCUGUUAAAAUGGGUUCAUUUUUUUCUCCGCCGAAUUGCCUUUUUUCUUCCCCCAGUGGGCCGAAAACGUAAUAAGUCGUAUUUAGGCGCCAUGCCACCAGGAAUACCAUACGUUUUGGUUUUAGCAAAUUUUGACUCUCCAAAGUCGAAGAAAAAUCGUCCGCCGAGGUUAAAAAAUGUCUCCGCCGAAUGAUAAAAAUUUGAAAUAAAUGUCAUAUUGUAUCUUCCGAAUCCAUUCCCGCCCAUUUUCUUCACACAUGCAACAAUUUACAGUCUCAUUUGUGAAAAAAGCACUCCGCCGAAUUCAAGGCGGAUUACGGAAGUCUCCGCCGAUAAAACAAAAAAAAUUUUUUUGAUUGUAAAAACUCAAAGGUCUUCCUGUAAAAUGCAAAAAAAAAAAUUCGGAUUGGACCACCGAGCACAAAGUUAUUAAUGAAUAGUUUUUUCCAUAAUUCUAGGAACACCCUGUACAGUAAAAAUUCGAGACAAAGAAAAAGCUCUAAUUUUCAUAGCUGACAAUGGAAUUACCCCUAGUGCGACUCUCAGAUUUUCUUUAAAUUUUGCACAUGGGCCGGACGCCACACAUCAAUUCCUGAAAGUUUCAGCCCGCAACUUUCAGGGGCGACCAAGAUAUUCAACGAUUCUUUGCGGUCAGGAGGGCACAUGAGUGGUCACACAGAAAAACUUUUUGGCUAUAUCCUCGUUAGUUUUGUGCGGAGAUAGCUGAUUUUUUGUAGAAACGGUAUUCUCCAUGGCAUGAACAGGCAUGAAACUUUUUACGACAAAAUUCGUAAAAAAAAGUCGUUUUCUCUGUCGAUUUUCACACACGCCGAAAAAGCAGAGAACACGACCGAAAGGCCAAUAACUAUGAACUAGGUCCCUGUAUAUAUAACAUAUUUGGUGUUAAACAAAAUGGGGUUGUCUGAGGAUUCAGGGAAAAAAAGAAUUUUAACAUUCGGAUAAAAACUAAAAAAGUUAUAGCCAAUUCAAAUCCGGCCGAAAAAUUGCCGCACCCUGUAUAUUUUAUAGGAGUGUAACCCCUGAUGAUAUUGAGAUUGUCACACUGUCCUUGUUGUUCUCUGUUCUAUUAUUGAAAGAACAGAAGAGUUUGUUUUACACAUUAUACACUCCAGGGCAAGUAUAUGUCCACAUGGCCGAGAUGUUUUUGUUAGGUAAGAUUGUCAUAAUUGAUUACUUUAUCGGCAAUUAGGACCCGAAGUCUUCAAGGAUGCCAUCAUUUUGGAUUGUUUCAAUCGGUUAAUGGAUGAAUACUUGAUAAAAAGGGCUGAAAGUGGCCUCUUGUCUUUGAAAUUGACCAAAUCUGUAUCUGGACUGGACGCUUUCUUUCCUUUGUAAGUGGCGCUUGUUAUUGAUGGAAGACUGACUUUUCGGGCUUCCUCGUGGCGCUUUUUCGGGUCUUGGGUUUUUCGGGUGGUGAGUAAGCAAUUGAAAAAUCAAAUACAGGGUGGAGCAUCUUUGUGGCUUGAUUUAAAUUGGCUAUAACUUUUUCAGUUUUUGGCCAAAUCUUAAAAUUCUUUUUUUCCGUGAAUCCUCAGGCGUCCCUAUCUUGUGUAAUAUCAAAUAAGUUAUGCCCAUUUAUUAGCUUACAUCAAAAAACUGCAAACCAAAAGCUCUGAUUUCCGUAAUUGACAAGGGAAGUACCCUAAGUUCAACGCUAACAUUUACACCGACCUUUUGGCGAAUUUGAAUUCUCCAUUGCAAUGCAUUGUUAAAAACCCCAAAACUGAUAAAAAAAGUUUUUUUUUAAUUAUUUACAGUGUUGCGCCAUCAGUAGUAUCUGAUUUUACAAUUUUUUAUUCAUCACCCGAAAAGUCUCUCAGUCGAAAAACCCAAGACCCGAAAAGUCGUGACCUCGUAAUUGAUGACGUUAUUGUGUAAUUGUUUUAGUUACGAAGAUUUGUUGAAGAGGUAUGGUGAAUUCUCUUUGGCCGAUGACAACUUUGCGUUGAUGCUGUUGAUACCUGCCUAUAUGAACGCAUCUCUGAGCGAUGCUCUAACAAUCAGAUUACUUUUAUGGUCAGAGCACACAGAAAUCGUCCGUCAAAUGACUCUCGGGAUGGAAAAGGCCUCCUUUCUAGUGAAAUAUGUCAACUCUAAUAUGGAGAAUAUGACAAAUCUUCUCAAACAGACGUUGGCUGACCCUUUCAAUCUUCUGAUGGUGUCUUAUAAGGCUGCUUUGGAGAAUAAUGUGGUCCUAAAGGAAAGGAAUCCCUUAUUGUAUCAUCUGGCAACCAUUGGAAGUGUUGGGUAG